AUGACGCAGCUACCGGUUGGGAAGUAUUGGUGCUUCGCAGAAAAUGCCUACCUUGUUGAAGAUACUUACCUACUGGCACCAACUGAUGACAUCACUACGGAGAGACUGAGGUACACUCUUCAAUACGGACUACUUAUUCUACCCCCUAUUUCCUCUCUCCUUGCGAUCUGCAAUUCAGUUGCAAUUUUGCGUGACUGCAUUCGUGACUAUUGCUUAAAUGGGCCCUACCUUGUUGCCUACUGCCUUCUUAAACUGAUGGCUGCUGCUCUUCUGUGGAUCAUGGCGUUUCCUCGUUUCAUGCAGAUCUCUUCAACCACCGAUGCUGGUAGAAGGGUGUCAGCGAAAAUACCCACUCUUAUAAUGACCCAGCAGGCCUUUCGCUUAGCUGCCACAUGGCUGUUCUUCUUCCUUCUUGUGUGCCAGAUCUUCGCUGUAGCUAGGCUUACCCGAUCCAUUACUUCAAAGUGUACAAUUGCCCCGCAGUUCAAUGCCAUUCACACCAAUCUCAGAUCCUGCAAGUGCAUUACUUCAGUGUUCCAAGUGUUGACUGACAAGACAUGUCAGUUAUUCUGUACGGAGCAACCAACACCUGCCACUCAGUCAGAAGAACGGAGCUUUCGCAGGACCUACGGUCACUCUAUCCUCUGCAUAAUGUGCAUUGUCGUGUUUUCAACCCUGUUAACCGCACCACAAAUAGGGAAUUUCAGGAUCGAGAAUGGAGGAGAUUCUCUUGAAUGGUGUGUUACCAAUUCGCUUGGGUCGCCUGCUUAUGAGUAUAUGCAGAGCUUUUUAGCAUUUAUGUCUCCGGCUGUGUGCUUUCUCGUCCUCCUCCUCACCAUGUCAUGUAGGCUUGUCAAAGUGGGCCAAAAACCUCAUCACCAUCUCCACUGUCUCUGCCAUGUUCCUGCGGAGAACACAGAGAAGUCAGAUGACAAUAGCGGGCAAGUACUUAUGUGGGAAUGUAAAUUCAUCACAUUCAUUAGUCUUGUGGAGUUUGUGAGUUGGCUCCCAGUAAAUGCCCAAACUAAUCUGCAUCGACUAGGUUGGAUAAGGAAUGAUGGAAGGUGGAUUAAUGUCUGGAUUUUGUGUGAAAUUGCUCUGCUGACGGGCGAUGUCUUGGUACAGAUAAUCCUCUUCGCUAAGAUCUUAUUCGAGUCUGCAAUUUGCUGCCGAGGGAAGAGAGUAGAUACAACUGACGCGCAAGCAGAUACAACUGACUUACAAACUAGUCGACACUACACACCAGAAGAUACGGAAUAUGCUGCCGAUAGUCUUGUGCCCCUGUAUUCCUCGCAAAUAGACUCUCAACAAUUGGCGAAAAGAAAGUCAAUUCUUCAUGUAAGGAUGUCGCCGCCCCCUCUACCCUCUCCAGACUACACCUACGGGGCUCUCAAAAUGUCAGGUCAGGAAGACAUGGAUUCAGCCUCGCUUAAACUCUCCUGUUUCCAACGUGAAUACGCCAAUAACACCACCCCUACUCCCACCAACACCACUACCAGUCCCACUACAAACGCGGAUCUGCCUUUUUUCUGCGCCUUUCCAGAUCACGAGGAUUAUCGUCAGUCUCAAUUUACCACCACAGAAGAGUACUUUGAUUCCCACGGCGUUUUGGUUUCUCGUCUAUAA